AAACAUAGAGCUAGCAGUGGACUUCCUUUAUUACCAAGAAGCCCCGUUCGUCUCUGAGGGAUUUAACGGCAAGCAGUCACACUGAUACCCUGCGUGUGGGCAUCGCGGACGGUGUAACGUUACUUUUGGGCUGUGUGAGAGAUCCGGAUCAUUGUUGACAUUGCAGAAGACCGUCUACCUGCCUGCUUUUAUUGCUGUCAGAUACUGAAGUGAGGCGAAAAUGAAGAGCGUCAGGAGCUGUAUUGGCACACUGGUUGUGCUGGUACUGUUUCGGGUGGGAGAGAUCGCAGAAGCGUGCAGUUGUUCCCCGGUUCAUCCUCAACAGGCGUUCUGCAAUGCUGAUGUUGUAAUCAGAGCCAAGGUGGUUGGAAAUAAAGAAGUGGAUUCUGGGAACGAUAUUUAUGGGAACCCGAUCAAGCGGAUCCAAUAUGAGAUAAAGCAGAUCAAGAUGUUCAAAGGCCCGGACCGCCACAUUGACGUGGUCUUUACUGCGCCCUCAUCUGCAGUGUGUGGAGUGACCAAUUUGGACACAAACGGCAAGAAGGAGUAUCUCAUCUCAGGCAAGGCGGAGGCCAACGGUAAGAUGCACGUGACUCUGUGUGAUCUCAUCAUGCCCUGGGAAUCCAUGAGUGCCACCCAGAAGAAGAGCCUUAGUCAGCGCUAUCAGAUGGGGUGUGACUGCAAGAUCACACGCUGUGCGACCUUCCCAUGCGAGAUCAGCGCCCCAGAGGAGUGUCUGUGGACAGAUUGGGUGACGGAGAAGAUAAUUCAUGGGCGCCAGUCUGACCACUACGCCUGCAUCAAGAGAGGAGACGGCUCCUGCGCCUGGUACCGCGGAGUCGCGCCUCCCAAAAAAGAGUUUCUGGAUGUGGAAGACCCUUAAAACAUCUCUCUCUCCCUUCUCCACAUCACCCGAUCUGAGAUUCUUACAAAAAUCAUAGAUGAGGUGUAACAUAAUAUCGGCAUAAAGACAAAACUCUACCAAAUUGAAAUUGAAACAGGCUAGAUUUAGUGUACAGUCUUCUUUAGAUAUCGCAACAUGAGACAGAAUGAAGCGAAUGUAACAACCCCACCCAAGGCUGGCUCUCCAUCGGGUGUGGGACAAUCCUUUAAAACGAGAGCACUUUCUGCCCCCCAAAACAGCGCUUAGAUUUCUCUCUGCACAAAGGAUCUCUUUACAAUCUCCCAAAACUGCAGUCGCUCGGCUCAUUUUGUAUUUUCAAUUUCUGGUAAUCCAGUUCAAACCCACAUGGGGUGGUAGUGAAAGUAUUACUUUUGAAGGUAGCGUAAUUUCCCCAAAGCCAUGCCAAUUGGUCCACUCAGAUAAAUGGUGAGGCAGGACUUCCCAGAUAGUUCAAAGAUGUGCGGGGACCUGGAAAGAACUGGGGUUUAGGGAAAAGCAAAUUAAAGACCAAAGUUAAUGUCGCUAGUCAGGAAUUUGUGACGGAAACAAAAUUGUGCUGCUGACCAAAUUUCAGAACUGUUGUAUAUGAAGCUGUUCUUCAUUUCACCUCCACUGCUUUUCACAACACAUCCUUCGUGUAUACCCCCUGAAAAAAUUAAGGAUACAUAAUCUGACAGCAGUUUCUAGUGUUAGCAAUAUACAACAAAUUCAACGUUUUUACGUACAUUUAUAAAUAAACCAUCCCUAAUUUGUUUUGUCAAUAUGUCUGUAUAUAUACUUAGUCUCGAACGCCCACAAUUUGUGCAUUUAUUCCUCCGUUAAUAGUUCAGUGAUACUAUUUGCACUUUUUAAAGACAAAACCAAGAGGACUGUCUCCUCUUUUCUUUUCUUUUUUUUUUUUUUGUAACUCAUUUUAAUUUGUUCUUGUUUUACUUUACGACUUACAAUUAUCUAAGUUCCUUUUUUAUCUUCUGUAUUGUGUCAUUUACGUACCGAGGAGGUACCCGAGACUUUAGUUGCCAUGGUAAUGGGAAGACCCUUGGUUUUUCCCCUGGAGUAAAACAAGGCUGAUUGGAUUGGCAUGCAAAAGCACAGGCCUAUAAGCAUGCGCUGAGGAAGAGGAAACAAAGAGCGAUGUUCCUUCCUCCUGUGCUGUCAAUAAACUCAGGAGUUUAUUGGCGGCUUGAGAGGAAGGCAUGGAGUUGGAUUGUUGCAGCUGUCCUCUGAUUGGGCAUUGCCAUGUCAUGUGAUUGACUGAGGGCGAGGCGUUUGAAUACUAGUUGCUAGGCGCUUCGCCAGAGUGAACCAUGUGGUUAUAGUGAUUGAGAGACAGGGAGUGAAGAGCGCUGUUGAACUGACGAAAGCAACAAUAAAAGUGUUGAUCGAUUUAAUGCGUCGCUAUCAUUGUAUAAACUCAACACCGAGAUCAUUUGUAUUGACAAAGGGAGCAUUCUUAAAGGGACAGUCCACCCAUUAAUGUUAAUUCUAUCAUAACUUACUAACCUUUCACUUAUUCCAAAACUGUUCGAGUUUCUUUCUUCUCUUGACCCCAGAAGAAGGUAUUUUAACAACAUUUUGGAAACUCCACAGUAUUUUGGAAGCACUUAAGGGUCAGUAAAUAUGUUUGGGUGAACAAUCCCUUUAAUAAGUAAUUGUUCAAUUCACGCCUUUCCGUUUUGGCUGUCAGUGUUCCAGCAUUAACGUACAACGCUUUUUUGUGUGUGAUUUAAAUUAAGAUUUUUGAUUCAGUAUCCUCACUUCUCUUCUUCACACCAGAAGCAUUGUCAUAAACAAGCUUGGACGAAUAGGCUAUAUAAAGGUUAAUGUUUAAUAUGCAUCGAGCUAUAACUACUUAAAUGGCUUUGUAUUAAUUGUUAUUGAACUCUAAUGGCGUAAGUUAAAUGAUUUUGUUUUUCACGUUUAUACUUUUUAAAAUGCGUUAUUACCUUUGAUUUAUAUGAUCAUUGUGUUAUUUUUUUACCAGUCUUUUGUCUUUCUCUUUUAUGAUUUGCUGAAAAAGAGCAGGAAUGUGAGACCUAGUGUCUGAACCACAUGACAAAAGCUGUGGUAGAAGAAGCAGACUAUGCAUGUCUUUGAUGCUUUGUGUAAUUCUCAUGUCGACGUUCACUUGACGGAUAAAUAUACAGUAUUACCAAAUAAAAAAAAUAUUAAACUACA